AUGGCAGCGCCGCGUCCAACGGACGACAGCUUCACCUACACAAAUCUCCUAACCCUCAUUUGCUGCUGCCCAUGGACAUCGCGCAGCUCCAAAGCCAUGUCAAAAUCCACGUCAACAAAGCUAGCAACCCUCCGCGGCGUCUUGGCCCAGCUUCCAGACAAAGACGUCCUGCACAAAUACCUCGGAACGUCGACAACUGCUCCAAACCUACUUCGCGACGCUGUCCUCGUCGUCCUCCACCGCAAGUGGUCAGCUCACCCACCGUAUCGCCUCACCGAGCUAGGAAUCACCACCUACGACCGAUCUAGCAUCAAUCAAGGGCAGCCUGUCAUGGCUGGCCCGCACGCAGAAGACCUGCUACGCCAAGUAUGGUGUCUACACCUUGUCAUCCGCUCCACUGCGCACCUGGACUCUACAGACACCGGUCUCGACCCCUUCCACUUCGGCACCACGGUUUAUGUCUCCCAAGAAGAAGCUCUCUCCCUACUCCAGCAGAUCUGGCGCCAGCCCAUGGACGAGCAGAACGAGGACUCUGGCUACCGACCUAUCAUAUACAUGUCCUUUGGCUCCAACAGCAGCAUCAGCAGGGUGCGCAAAAUGGCGUUUGACUUCGACCCGUUCCUCCUAGACACUACGGUAGCGUCUCUCGAUGCGCAAAUCAUACCCCAGCAGUCUAAAAUCACGCGCCACACAGACGCAGACUUCGCGUACCUCCUCAGACAGUUCAGCGUUCCGGUAUACCACUCCGAUAACAGCGGCAACGCAGCCAUGUACGCCACCAUCGUCGCUAUCCUCUCAACCCUUCGCUUCGAGCUCUAUGGGUCUCUGCAGAAUGCGAAGGCAAAGCCAGGGCGGCGCCACCUGUUGGUGUAG